AGCUGCAGCGGCAGUAAAGGAGAUAUUCUCCGUGUGCUGAGCGUCUGCUUUCUGAGCUCCCGGACUUUCAGUGUGUGUCUGUCGGUGAGCCAGCGAGCGCCCCGGACUUUCAGUGUGUGUCUGCCCGUGAGCCAGUGAGUGUCCCGGACUUUCAGUGUGUGUGAGCCUCUCUCUGCUUCACUGAGAGAGAAGGAGAGAAGGAGGAGCAGAAAAGGGGGAGUACCUGAUUCCAGUCUCGCCCGCUGUGGGCUUAGAGGAAAAGGGAACAUCUCUACUGGUACGAAGGCAGCAAACAGCCAAUGUGCCUCAACUAUAGGAACUAUACAACGACUGCCCUGCUGGGGGCUCUGGCUCUGCUGACUUCUACCAUGACAUAGUCUCCCUGGGAGAAGAGCAGGCUAACCCACUAAGGGAACAGACAUGCACGGUGGGCACUACCAGGGAUCUAUGCUGCUGUCAGGUCCUGUUCAUCAGUGAUUUAUCACGGAGGAACCAUGGUGAGCAAGGCGGAGGGAGAUAAAAGCAUGCUCACCAACUCCGAGUCGGACUCAGAGGUGGCGCCCACCCCCUCCCCUUCCGCCUCGCUGGCCCUGGAGGUCAAAUACUCCUUCCUGGACACCAGCAGCAGGUCACAGCAGCAGGUACGGAAGAGAAACAAGGCCCUCCAGGUGAGAUUCAAGGACAUCUGCGAGGCGCAGAACGAGCAGAGAGAGGCCGCUCUACAGAUGGCCGGGAAGGGGGGCAAGCCAGGCUCCUACAAGGUGGCGUACCGCAAGUACAUGACAGUGCCCGCUCGACGCUCCAUCCCCAACGUCACCAAGAGCACAGGGGUCCAGACCUCCCCGGACCUCAGGAGCCGUUACAAGACCUUUCCCAUGGAGAGGAAGAAGGGCCACAGCCACACCAAGCAUGUGGAGAGAGACAAGGGCCACAACAAUGGGUUUGUUAUCGACGUCAAGCACUCCAGAGCUGUGGAGAGUUUAGGGGACAGGGGCGCCUGCGGUGGAGGAGGAGGAGGACAGAGAACCAGAGCUGUGGAGAGUUUAGGGGACAGGGGCGCCUGCGGUGGAGGAGGAGGAGGACAGAGAACCAGAGCUGUGGAGAGUUUAGGGGACAGGGGCGCCUGCGGUGGAGGAGGAGGAGUAGUACAGAGAACCAGAGCUGUGGAGAGUUUAGGGGACAGGGGCGCCUGCGGUGGAGGAGGAGGAGGAGUAGUACAGAGAACCAGAGCCUUGAUGCAUACUACGGAGUGCAUAGCUACGGUGGAGAAGCACUGUACAGACGACGUCCUCUACUCUGACUGUCUGAUGCUCACAGACGGCCCCUCUCCCUCCAACACGCCCGACUCCAACCCACCGGCCACCGACUACCAGAUCUGCAGCGUGGAGUCCAACCCCCUGGAAGGACUAGAACACAGGGAACUGGACUCCUCGGACCGUCCGGCCGGUAAACGGCAGCUGCUCCACUCUGAGGAGCCAGGCUCUAGCAGGACUCUGCCGGGGGACAUGAGAGGGUCUUCCUCAGUCUCCAAGGUGACCGGCCCCAUCUCCUGGAACUCUCUGACCCAGGUGGAGUGUCUGGAGAGCCCGACAGCACGGAGCAAACGAAUGAAGGGACUGGAGAUCAAUGGACUACAGUCUCAGACUCUCCCGCGGGCCGCUGGCUGCACUACUCAGGCACAGUGUCAUGAACCGGCAACGUUCUCAUCACAGACGUUCUCGCCACAGACGCUGUCGGCCCGGACCACGGGGGAGGCGCUGGGCUGUAGGAGUAGCGGGGUCGAACCAGCGACCGUAGCGACUACGGGGGGAGUUAACCCCGGGGGGGUCUGUAAGCAGAUAGUACCGGUACUGACUCAGAAAGGGGAGGGAGGAGAGGACGUGAAAUCACAGCUUCAGGCCAUGGAGAACCUGAUCUCCUCCAGCCAGGAGACCAUCAAGGUCCUACUGGGAGUUAUACAGGAGCUGGAGAAGGGAGAGGCCCACAGAGAGGGCCUCUCCUAUCGAACCGGACAGGACACGGCCAACUGUGACACGUGUCGGAACAGCGCAUGCAUAAUUUACAGGUAA